AGGUUUUGACUUAUCGGAACUCGCUCGCACUACAAAAGAAAAAAAAGCGAGAUUAAUUGUAUUGUAUUGUGCCCCGUGAGUGGGUACAUCUGUCUAUACCAUUGAUUUACAAGGAAAUACAUGUCUUGCUCUUGUUGCUCGAAGAUGAAGUUUCUCUCGAAGAACAUUUUCGAUGUCACGACACUCUCCGUCAUGUGGCUUUGUCUUUUCGGGCCACCGAUGAUGGUACAUGCUAGUGCUUCUUCGUCAGGAGCUCCGUGGCAAGGAUCAGCGUCAUCUUCCUCAUUACCCAGCAGUCAUCAACUUCAACUAAAUGGUUCUCUUGCUGUCACAGCAGACGAGAUCUACGAUGCCUGGCAAGGGUUGCAUCAAGGCCAUGUAGCGCAAAAGCUGAACUCUCUGGGCGUUUUCGCAAGUGGGAUGAAGAAAGACCGCGAGAUGAAGAUGAAAAGCAUCAUCGAGGACUACCCGAGUGAAGAUACAAGACGAGGAAGAACCGUUGAUGUUACAAAUGGUGCGACGACGGACAAAGGCGAUGACACAAGUAGAGCGAAAAUUGCUCUUAGCAGUGAUGGUGCAACGAGAACAGCCUCUACCAGUGUAGAGGAACAAGCAGGAGCACACGAACGAUACUAUUUUUUAAGAGAUACCCAGCGCAAGGCGUUUGACAUCAUGAAGAAUAGGGAACGUGGACUUCAGGACAAAAACCUGUUCCUUUUAUCGCGCAAGAUUAAGGCUAGUUCCCCAUCACUGUCCCCUGUGGACCGACAAUAUUCUUUAAUGGAUUCCCUUUAAAAAUUAUCAUGGCGGAAACCCAUUAUUAAGGUGAAAGAAGGCAUGUCACUCUGCAUGAUGGAGAGUGAAAAAAAAGUCCUUUAACAAAAGUUUGCACCUGCGAAGAGGAGCUUUUCUAGCACUGGGAAAAGAAGCCUUGCCAUUAGCGACCCUCGUUGCCCACUUUGCCGAAAGGUGCAUUUAUGGCUCGAUAUAAUUCAACAUGAUUUCCAAAGUUCUUCCCUUCUUGAGAUUCUGAAGAGAUGAGCAGCGAGCUUGAGAAAUGGAAUAGAUAUUUUUGAGCUCACUCUAAUGCAUUCUCAGACUGAAGAGCGCGAGUGCCAAAAGAGAACAAAAAGUUCAAGAAGAUUACGAACUAUUUGCGUAUAAAACGAGUCUUACUAAACUGGGCCAAGCUGGUCGGAAGAAAACAUUUUCGCGCUCAAAGCCGUACUUAUGAAGAACUAGAAGAAAAAAUUGACUACAAGAAGUUGAUCAUGAGGUUGACAUUCACGAUUCCUCGCAGCAACAUCUUUCUUUCUCAGAUAUCGUAUGCUUUACAUUUCUUCCUAUCAUGAUCAGCUAAAGGAAUCAACACUCGUGCGUCCUACAAUCUAGAAAUUUCAUGUUUCUCUUCUACCCAUCAUGAAUAAGAAUACUACAUGUAGUUUAGGAGGUAGCUUGUUCUGAUCUAAGGUAUGCGGGGAAGCAGUUGCCUCGUCUCGUGGGCGUGUCAAGUCAUCUAACCAGCCAAGCUCAGAUACAUCGUUAUGGUCAAGUUUUUCGCAUCUCAACAGUUCUGAGCAUCUUCUCAGUACCUUUUCAGGUAGAGAUAAGUGCGAAAUAAAGGGGGUCACCUUUAUUUUCCCAAACUAAAAAUGGGGGGGAAAAAGCAAGGUACCAACUUACUACAUGAAGAAAAUGGGGUUAGUUUUAAUAGUAGACACUGAGAACAAGCGCAAGGUGAUAAAACACACACCCACAGCGCUUCGAUUAUAAUUUCGCCGCACACGGUCACGGCUUGACAUGCGCUUCUAAAAUAACGCAGGAUUUGUGUCGCAUUUGCACGUAGCAUUAAGGAGGUAUCCGCCACCGCUGGAGGUAGGCCCCGGUGUAUCUUCCAUGGAGGGUAGCUUCCGAAACUGGUUGAUGACAGUCGAUCAAAUACAUGGGGUAGAGAGGGAGGAAGACGAGAUGACGGAGCAACAAGAAGGAGCCACUGGUUCAAUUAGGGGCACGAGUAGGUUUCUUUUGGUGUUUUUCUGUAUUUAUACCGUUGUAGAAGUUUUGCCUUUGUUAAGCGCAGGGAAGAAGAGCACUGGCACCCUUAACCAUGUGGGCAGUUAACAUCACCAAAAUCCUACCUGCUCCAAUACAACUGAACAAACGCAGCUGUCGUCCCGCUCGUCCCUUUCCACAUCCCAAGGAGCUGCUGUGGACUCCUCGUCUGGCCAUAACACAUUGGCAGAUCGUUUGCGUGAUCAUGAAAAGCGACGAAGGCAUACUGUAGUGGGCAGAGGAAGCGUAUCGCAGCCUGAGCCUGCAGAUUCGGACGGGCAGCACCUUGUUUUGCGGAUCGACGUGGUAAAUGGGCUUAUCCUGAUCGACGGUCGAAGUGGGAACGUCUCCAUCUUGGACAUAGAUGCCUACGACAGAGCAUUGGUCUGGCAUGCGGCGGAUAUCGACCACGAUCAGAAUCGUAAUCCUGAAGAGUUAAGGGUUGAAACAUUUCAUAUUUGUACGCAUGACUUGGCACAUUUCAAGAAGAAACGUGUCAAAUAUGUAGGGCAAAUAUGAACUGUUUCAACCUUUAAAAGAGGGUGAAUUUUUUGCGCCUACUCCUAUCGGCCCCACGAGUAGAUACAAGUGUCUUCCUAAAAAGGGAAUUUUUCCAGCUCGAGGAAGGCAAGGCGCCUGUUUGCUGAGCAAACUCGUCCAAAGUCUGAAAAAAAAGCUGAACAACGUCUCCAGUGAUAAUGAUAACGAGUUUUUUGACGGAACAAACAGAAUCGAAAACGGGCCUCACACUGAAGAAAGUUUUCGUCGGGAUGUUGAAGCGGGAGUUAAGUUAAGGGUCGUUGGAAGUUGGCAUCUCUACUUUUAUGCGCAUCUCAUCUUUGCGCUUCUUUAAGUACUUAGGAAAGCCAUAGAUGUGCGAUUGCGAGCCAGAGAAGCGGUGAACUUUCAACCCCUAAUGAAGCGAAUCGCGGAGAAAGAAGGAGUUCGCUUUGAGGCGGAAUACAUCGAGUAUGAUUUGGAAUCUCAACAUGGAAAAUUGGAAAAUGCUAACCCUUCACACAGGACGACCCAAUGCUUCCAUCUGCGUGCGGAUGUGGACACUUCUGUCCUCGCAAGCGAUCAAAAGAAAAGUACGUCUUGUUUAUUCGCGCAGAAGAAGAUUCCUAGAGGCCACACCACGGAGGACAGCGACACCUCUAAUCAGACUCCACCGGAAGAAGAUGUCAUUGUCGCGGAUCUUCCUCAUCCGGAUAAUUUGACGGCUAGUGAAAGAGCGAAAGUUCUGCACGAAAUGCGCGUAAACGGGCAAAAAGUGGAGACACUCCAACAUGAUUGGGAUCACCAUUGGACGGGCCAUGGGUGGGAACAAGAUUAUGAGCGAAAAUACUUGAAUAGCAAUGGAAUUGCUUCAUUCUACUUCUAUCAAUUGUUCCUUAUUUGAUAAUCUACUACAUAUCAACGAAUGGUUUCAUCCUUGCGUCAAUUUGUCAUUGCUUCUGUCUACUCACGCCUACCCGUUAUUGACUACUCCUUGUAAGAUGAAUAUUGACAUCAACAAAGAAAAGCAUUACAUAUAGCAUACUUAUUUUGCCUCCAAUGCUAGUACGAGUAUCGUCGUGCUCCUAGACUUGAAAACGGAAAAUUUGCGGACGCCUAUACCAAUCGCUACGGAAGAGCUUGGUGGUGGACAUUUAGUAUACCGAAGUAGUCACGACGUCGACGCCGAAGAAGAUGCUAUGGAGUUGUACAAUAAACAUUGAUUUUGUUAAUUUUUGUUUUAGAAUUUUCUUGUUUCCAGUAAAAGACAAGAACUGUAGGUGCAUACAGAUGAAUGAACGACCAGACAUGCUUGAUGAUAAAUUGGCGCUAAAUUUUUUACAAUGUACAACAAAUCCAAAAGCUAUAUCUUAUACGUAUCGCGUGCGACAACUACAACAUCCGCCAAUUGAUUAGAGCCUCGUUCACUUCCUUGAAUCUUGGCGUGCAAGAGCUCCCAUAAUCCUAACGGCGUCAGCGGGGUAACGAAAUCAAUCCAAACCUUCACGUGCAUGAGUCUAGUCGUCUACUUGUUUGCCUGAAGCUAUCGAUGAGGUUGAUCAUGCUCCUCGAUUCUACUGCCGCAACAACAUGAUGCACCAAACACAAACAGGACCAAAAUGGCCCGGUUUUCACUUACCAAAUAACUUGCAGCAACUACGUAAUCUGCUUGGCAAUCUCAAUCUUCCUAUGUGUUCAACUUCA